AUGACGUACCUGAACUGCCACGUGUGCCUGGAGAAGCUGCGCGAUAAGGCCGAACAGGAGGGAGGUGGGGGCGGCCGAGGGGGUCCGGUGACGAUGGUGGUGGGGCCGGCCGAUGUGGGCAAGUCGACGCUCUGCCGCAUCCUGAUCAACUACGCCGUCCGCCUCGGCCGGCGACCUGUCUACGUCGACCUCGACAUCGGUCAGGGUGCCAUUUCGGUGCCCGGCACUAUGGGUGCAAUGCUAGUGGAGCGACCAGCCUCGGUAGAGGAGGGCGGUUUCUCGCAACAAGCGCCCCUGGUGUUCAACUUCGGCAGCGUCAAGAUGCAAUCCAACAUCACACUUUGCAACAUCAUCACAUCCCGGCUGGCUGAGGUCGUACAGGAGCGGCUCCAGUCGAACAAGAAAGCGAGUACUUCGGGCAUAAUAGUGAACACGGCGGGAUGGAUCAAGGGUGACGGUUACCGGCAUCUGUGCCACGCGGCUCAGGCGUUCGAGGUUGACGUGGUGCUAGUGCUCGACCAGGAGCGCCUCUACAACGAACUGGUGCGCGAUCUGCCCAGCUUUGUGCGCGUCGUGCUGCUGCCAAAGAGUGGCGGGGUGGUGGAACGAAGCCAGAGCUAUCGGCAGGAGGCGCGUGACAAGCGGAUUCGCGAGUACUUCUACGGAGCGGGUGGUGGAGCUAGGGGGAUAGGGGGGCCGAGCCUGCACCCGCACUCGUUCGACGUGAAGUGGGCCGACCUCAAGAUCUUCAAGAUAGGCGCACCCUCGCUCCCCGACUCCUGCAUGCCGCUCGGCAUGAAGGCCGAGGACAAUAUGACUAAGCUGGUGGCUGUGCAGCCAGGUUUGAAUCUUUUACACCAUUUACUAGCUGUCAGUUUUGCAUCUUCGGCGGAAGAAGAUGUCAUCAAUUCCAAUGUGGCCGGUUUCGUUUGUGUGACCGGUGUAGACACAGAUAAACAAACGCUGACCAUUCUAUCUCCACAACCACGACCUCUACCGGACACCCUUCUCAUCCUAUGCGACUUACAGUUCAUGGAUAACCACUGAUUAAUUACCAUUUUCAACAAACAACUUGGUCAGUUGCUCGACAAAUCCAAUUGAAUUUAACCACCGUAAAAUGUUGUCAUCCAUUGGAACCAAUACUACUAGAAAAUAACGAGUCUGACGUCUCAGAUAAUAUUAAAUAAAAUUCACACUAUAAACAGAGAUAUUGUGGAAUCUCUCCAUAUUAAGGUGAAAUAAAAAGAUGAUGCCUUCUUAGUGCAUUGAAACUAAAGUUUGGCUCAAGUAAAUUAUGUGGACUGACAAUAUCGUUUUUAUUCCACCUUAAUAUUAAAUAAACUUGAAUUUUUCACAAAGCACAAUAUAAGAAAACAAUUUUGAUCGAAAUAAUAAUCUAUAAUAAUAUAAUGAAGGAAAGAAUCGGCCCAUACAAGUACAGGAUAGGAAUUUCACAAAUGCCGCAAGAUCACGUCUGAUCUACUGGAUUGAUUAAUUUGAAAUUUUGGAUAUAGAUUGUUAAUUUCCAAGGAUGGUUAUAGGAGGUAUAUUUUA